AUGCUCGAAGCCUUUGAGAUUCUGUCUACAUCCGGGGUAGUCUUAUGGUCCAAGUCAUACGCGCCAGUCGGUGCCCAUGUUGUCAACAGCCUCGUCAACGACGUCUUUAUCGAGGAGAAGGCGCAGCUUCAGAACGCAACCAACAGCGUUUCCCCCAUCUUUAAGAAAGAGAAGUACACAUUGAAAUGGAGGAAGUCAAAGGAUUUUAAUUUGAUAUUCGUGGCCGUAUACCAGUCGCUUCUUCACCUCGGUUGGAUUGACAAACUUUUGGAUAAUAUAUCGACUAUAUUUGUCGAUCUAUACAAGACCCAGCUGCAAAGUGAACGGGCUAGGAUUGUCCAGUAUCCUUUUGACAAGUAUUUUGACCAGCAAGUGCAAGAGCUUGAAGACAACGCCACUGCUGGUUUCGCAUCUGAAGCGCCUGCAGCAGAUGCGGAAGCCAGAAAAGACCCGCUCGUCUCUGCUGAUAAUGGAGCGCAGCCUCAAGCUGCGCUUAGUGCGGCAACCUCCGACGAGGGUUCGCCGCCACAAACUCCAGAUAUUUCUAGACUAUCAUCGCCUUCUUCGAGCCACAUACUAACAGGCAAAGCCGGUCCUGGCGGCCGCAUUUCUCGCCGGGCACGUAAAGCCGCGAAUGCAAGCGCGACUGCCUCAUCUGGUGACGAGCAGGUUCGAAAAGGAAAGACACCAAAAAGUGGGAAGAAGCUACGGGUAUGGGACGCCGAUGGACUCGCAGAUGAGGACGAUGGAAGAGUCCUUGACUACUCCGCGCCUGCUGAGGCAGAUGAUGCUGUCGCACCGACAGUGGAAGCCGUGGCGCAAGAGUCUUGGGGUCGCCGAACUGGCAAAGGCCAGUUCGUCCUGAAAGACUUGGGCGAUGAAGUCCAUUCUAUCCUUGAGAAUGCCGACAACAAGAAGGCCACCUCUAGCGCGCCGUCAGGGCUUGUCGGUUCCGGAUUCAGCGCCAUCGGUGGUCUGCUGCGUAAUAUCGUUGGCGGCAAAAUACUGACUGAGGCUGAUUUGGAGAAACCAUUGAAGGCGAUGGAAGACCAUCUUUUGAAGAAGAAUGUGGCGCGGGAAGCGGCUGUCCGGCUGUGCGAGGGAGUCAAGCAGGAAUUGGUUGGAAAGAAGACGGGCAACUUUCAGAGUGUGGAUGCUGCACUAAAGUCGGCGAUGGAAUCUUCCCUGCGCAAAAUCCUUACGCCCACCUCGUCCCUUGACCUCCUUCAUGAGAUUGACACCGUUACCAAAGCGAACAAGCAGGGCACGUCACGUCCGUACGUGAUAUCAAUUGUGGGUGUCAACGGCGUUGGCAAAUCAACAAACCUGGGCAAAAUCUGUUACUUCUUGUUACAGAAUAACUACCGCAUUCUGAUUGCUGCAUGCGAUACUUUCCGAUCAGGAGCCGUUGAGCAGCUUCGCGUUCAUGCUCGAAAUUUGAAAGAGCUCAGUGCUCGUGAGAAUGUUGGCGCAGUGGAGCUUUACGAGAAGGGCUACGGCAAGGACGCUGCAAAUGUGGCCAAAGACGCGGUGGAAUAUGGUGCAGCUAACAACUUCGACGUUGUCUUGAUUGACACCGCUGGCCGUCGUCACAAUGAUCAGCGCCUCAUGUCCUCGUUGGAGAAAUUCGCCAAGUUCGCUCAGCCGAACAAGAUUUUCAUGGUUGGAGAAGCCCUCGUUGGUACCGACAGUGUGAUGCAGGCACGCAACUUCAAUCAGGCCUUUGGAACGGGGAGAAACCUCGACGGAUUCAUUAUCAGCAAGUGCGAUACAGUUGGCGACAUGGUUGGAACUCUUGUUAGCAUGGUGCAUGCGACGGGCAUUCCAAUUGUUUUCCUAGGCGUUGGUCAGCAUUAUGGUGAUUUGAGAGGGCUCAGUGUGCCUUGGGCCGUAAAUCUCUUGAUGAAGUGAUCUUUCGUGAUUUACCGAUAGCUUUCGGAAACC